UAACUGGCCCGGAACGCUAGGCUGGAUUGUGAUUGAAACCAAGCACUUUUAAAAGCAUUUUCUUUCUACUUGUUGCUGAAGAUUCAAAGUUCCUGGAAGGCAGAGGGGCUGGGAUACGUCAAACUUGAAAACAGUUACUGCUAUCUGAAAGUGGGGGCCCCUCCCCGCUCAUGUGAGCUGGAAAGGCAAAAGAGAAUGACACAUGUGCUGUUUCCUUUUCCAGUUGCAAAGGGGUCAGGAACUCGGCAAGGAGUGUCUGAACAAGUGUUGCAUUCUCCUGGGUCCUUGGUCUCUUCCCUGCCUUUCUAGCUGCUCUGUUUAAUCCAGCCGGCGAUUCUGAACAGGGGGAAAAAACAGUCAGCACAAAUAAGGCAUUUCUGAAGGCAUAAAUUAUGAGUGACCAAAACAAUGUGACACCAUCACCAUCUGGAGAUCACGGGGGUUCUUCAGCGGCAGUAGAUGUGGCAGUCAUUGGAGGUGUCAUUGCAGCGGUGGCUAUUGUCCUAAUUUGCCUGUUGAUCGUGAUGCUCCGAUACAUGUACAGGCACAAGGGCACCUACCACACGAAUGAAGCAAAGGGAACUGAAUUUGCCGAAAGUGCAGACGCUGCGCUGAAAAAUGACCCGGCUCUCCAGGAGGCUGUGCAUGAGAGCAAAAAGGAGUAUUUCAUCUGAGAGCAAAGGGAAGCCACACUGAGACUGCCUUAGUCGUUCUUUCCCCCCAAGGGAAUCGGUCAGAAAUGCUACAUCAACGAAAGCACUAAGAUAUGGAUAUGGCAAGGACAGAAGCAAGCAUCCUAACUGAACUGCUACUCCCCCCCCCCCACUCCCCAUGAAGAACGGAACACCAGAUACCUGGCUGUUGAUUUUAUUAGCCACACAGCUGGUCACAGUUGAAUUCAGUAUCAGAUCAGAAGUCAAAAUCUCAGUCUGAACGAUAAACCGAUACCAGCUAAUGAUAUCAAAUGUCAAACCUUGACAUUUGGUCAAAAUAGCAGAUGCCAAUGGAAAACAUCCUCUUAGCGUUAAUGAUGCCCCCUACAUCGAUAUUAUACAGAACUACCUGAAAAUGCAUUUUCAGUGGUAAUAGAACAAGUGUUAAACCAGAUAAAAGCGGAGGUUAGUGGAACAAAAAUUGGUCUAUAGUCCAGGAUUCCUCCCCCCUUUAAAUGUGCACUUUGCCAGGUGUGAUUUUUUCCUUCCCAGCCCUCUUCCUUUCCUCCCCACUUUGUUUUUAAGUCAAGGACACGACACACACAAACCCUAUAGGAAAAAUAUGGAACACUUAAGAGUGAAGGAUUUUUAGCUAGCUCUGCAUGGUGACUUGAGGAAUGCAAAGUGUUAGAAUUUACAGUAUAUAGUAGGUAAUAGCCACUAGACUUAAGAAAACGAUCCCAAAUAGCUAUUUGGCUCCUUUCAUGCAUACGUAAGUCAAUAGUUAUUGGCUAGUGCAGGCCUUCUGAAACAAAUGCUCGCCACUAGAUUUGGAAUGAGAACUCUGGCCCUGGUGUUUAUUUAUUUAUUUCACAUUGGAGAAUUCUUUCAAAAACCUGCUGACAUUUGGGGGAAUUGAGUCAGAACGCAGACAUAAAUAACAGUUAGAAAUGUAACUGUAAUGCUACCCUGGAGCAGUUUGUCCAUUUGAAUCCCAUUCUGUUGUAUUGAUCUUUCUCUCUUUUGUGCCCCUCCCAGCUUUUAAAUAUAUCUUGCUUUUCAUGCAGCCUCAGAUACAAAAAAUUCCAUUGAGCAUCACCUCUUUAAAAAAAUUAAAUGGAUGUGAUCUGUAAAAUGAAAGAUCCUGUUCAUCACAUAAUAAUUCAUUGUGAUGAAUUUCUUCACUACAGCAAGCUCUCUGUCUCACGGAAACCAACAGGUAGUCCUGGAAAUAGGAUUAAUUGUCCUCUGCACCUGUUUAUCACCAGCUAGGUUUAUUAAUUAUCCCAAAUGAGUGUGUGUGGGGGGGGGAGGGAACAAUUAAUAAUAAAUGUGCCUUCGAUCAACUACCCUGUUUUAAAUCAAUAGUUUUCUAUGUUUUCCUGUUUAAAAAAUAUUAUAAAGAAACAUCUAUAAUUGUGCUUUCACAACUUGGUGGCUUCAUCUUCUCCAAAGAUCUUCAUUUUAUGACACUGGCUCCUAGAGACCAGCUUAAUUCACCAGCGUUGGCCAUACAACUACUAGAGGAGACUAGAUCUCCAGGAGAAAAUACUUGAGGAAUCAAGUAGAUUUGGUGAAGGAAGGGGACAGUUUUGUCUCUUUAAUUAAAGUCCUCAAGGCCGCUCAGUACCUACAGGAGCAGGAUGUUGCAGGAGGAGAGUCCUAAAGAUUGAAUGUUGGCUAAUCUUGAAUCUUUGCACUGUAUGCUUUUAACCAAAGAAAAUCAAAACCAUGCCAACUUACUAAAAGCUUGGGACCAAAUUCCACAGACCAUUGUACAGCCAUAUCAUAUACAUCAGCCCACAUGCUACUAAAAUCCAAUAGUCCAGCACUAACACAAUUCAAAUGUUAUGGUGUUAUGUACUUGAUUUUUUUAUUCGUGUUACCAUUUGAAUCCUUUCACCACUGCUUGUGAAAUAGGAAUAAACUUGUGUGAUUGUUUUGGGUGGAGGAAAUUGAUUAAUCUUAGCAGCGGGAGUACACUUCGGUGCCUGGAUCCCCAGAAAAGUUGCUGGGGGGAGGAGAAGGAAAGGGACAUCCUCUUCUUGAAGGUACAGAAUUCACAUAUCUACUAUGAAGUUAAAUUCUUCAUCGACCUAAAAAAAUACAUAAGCUUACGCCUUGGAUAGGUUCAGGAAUCCAGUCUGGAAACAAUGUAUACAUUCCCUAUGGAUGUGAAGGUGGGUGGAACAUACACCCCAUGUCAUACAUGAGACCAGGGAACCCCUCCCCCCCGCAAAAAAAACAACCUUCCAGGAGGCCUAGUGGGCCAGGCCCUAUUAAGCUUUUUCCUUAAAGCAAACUUCCUGAACCUUAUAUGCCCUUAUUUCUACCUUGCAUCUAUCCAGUCCCACACCAGCCAGCUAUGGCUGCUAAGAAGAACUUACUCAAUAAAGGUUUGUUUGAAGCUUUUCUAGUGGCUGACUGGAACGGUAGUAAAUUCUCAUCUAAGCAGCCAUCUUCUGGACGGACGCACAGCAGAAAUGAGGUGGUGGUGGGAGGUCCACUGAGGUUGCAAGGAACAAAUCGUUUUUCAAGGCUAGGGAUUGUUACUAAGCUACUAAGGAACCAUGGGAUACCUGAACAGCUGCACAAAGUACCCCAGAGUGUGUUUUUAUUUAUUAAUGGGGUGGAUGGACCAAGCCAACCAAGUCUGAGAGUCAUCUCCAGUUGUGGGACUGAUGGCCAUCAGGUAGCUGUUAGUCAUAAAGGAGUGGGGUAAAUUGGCUUCAAUGGAGUUAUGCUGAUUUACAUCAAUUGAAAAUCUGGCCCCGUAUGUGACUAUUUAGGCCCCAAAUCUUUGGCUAUGGCCCUCCUUAGUAGGUUACUUCAUUUCUGUAUGCCAUUUUCCCCACAUUCACGCAGCCAGCUGAACAAUCCAAGUAUACAAUAACUACAUCAUCUACCGAUCACCAAUGAGCCUUUUAGAAUAUUUUAGAACAGUAACUUUGGCGCUAGUCAUGUUUUCAGUUGUUGUUUUCUCAGUGUUCUUUCAAGUUCAGCGAUUUUGACUCGCGCACCCAGAACAGAGAGCAGAGCAGGGAUGUGAGGGGUUUUUUUGUUUGACUUUUUAGGAAUCAAAGGUUGCUUUGUAAAGAAAGAGCAACAUUUAACAGUAUCAUGAGACUGGCAGAGCUCUAAGGGCCCAAUCGCUCAUCCUCUACCCACACAAUAGUCCCACUGUCUUCAAUCAGUUUGGCCUUAAAUCAGUGCAUUACAAAAUUCUCAUAACUUUUAGGGCUAAUUUGCAAAACUUCCCUCUCUGUAAGCCACAUGCUGUGCUAAACAGAACACAGUUUGCAAUAUAGAGGUGCCUCGGCGGGUGGCUAUAACUUUGGAUCAAAAAGAGCUGAUAGAUUUUUUAAAAUAGCACUAAAAGUUUUCAGUUAGUUACUUACUCCCAUUAUUCUGUAGCCACCAACUCAGGAAAUAGGACACAUUUUGUAUGAGCAAAUGCCAGCUAUACAUUUGGUAUAGAGCUGGGUGGGAAUUUUUUUGACAAAAUGGUUUUCUGUCAUAAAAUGCCGCUUUGUCAAAACAAACUUUUUGUGGGAAAGGGUUGGUUUUAACAAAAAACUUUUGUUAGGAAGUUUUCUCGGGUCCGGGAUGGAAUUUCUGGUCCAAACCAGAGACACUCCAGAAUACUCUGCUGCUUGAAUUCACCUGGGUUCAAGUCCUUACUCCAAAUCAGUCAGAGCACAGUCCUUCUGAACUUGAGUCUCACACACCUGAGCUGUGACUAAACCACCAGGCUAUUCUGGGGCAGGGGAAUCUAGUUCGCUUUCUUCUGGGUCCCCCCCCCC